AGAAACCAAGAGGGGGACGGACUCAGAGUGAGCGAGGGGAGGGAGCAUCAGAAACGGGGAAAGUAGCUGAGGGGGAGAAGGAAAGAGGGAAACUGAGAGAGUCAGGAGAAAAGAGAGCAAAAGGAAAAGAGAGCAAAAAAGAACACCUCAGCAAAUCAGCCCAGUAGCAUUCCUCUCACAGCUGCAGUGAUCCAGGCUGGGAGGGGAAGUUUAGCUCACCAGGAGAAAGAAGAAAAAAAACACAAGAUAUUGCAUUUUUUAAUUUUUUUCUCUGAGUGAAGAAAUCAGAAGACUCCCUGGAGAGGAAAGGGAAGAAGAAGAAAGAGGAAUCAGAGAGCUUCUGCAGCCUCCGAGUGUCCUGCAGGGGAAGAUGGAUUCAGACUCCGGAGAGCAGAGUGACGGAGACCUCUCUCCAGGGCAGGAGAGCUUUAACUCUCGCUCCCUGGCCCUGCAGGCCCAGAAGAAAAUCCUGAGCAAGAUGGCGACCAUGGUGGUGGCCAACAUGCUGACAGAUGACACCAGCAGUGAGAUCUUGGACGAGCUCUACAAGACGAGCCGGGAGUUCACCAAGAGCAAGAAGGAGGCCCACAAGAUCAUCAAGGACGUCAUCAAGAUCGCCUUGAAGAUCGGCAUUUUGUACCGCAACCACCAGUUCAGCCCUGACGAGCUGGACACAGUGGAGCGCUUCAAGAAGAAGAUGAACCAGGCAGCCAUGACAGCGGUGUCAUUCUAUGAGGUGGAGUACACCUUUGACAGGAAUAUUCUGUCAGAGCUUCUGCUGGAGUGCAGGGACCUGCUUCACACCCUGGUCGAGCAUCACCUGACCGUGCGCUCGCAUGCACGCAUCGAUCACGUUUUCAACCAUUUUGCUCAUGGGGAGUUCCUGGCCGAGCUGUAUGGGGACGGAGAGGAGUAUAGAUUCUCUCUGAGGAAGAUCUGCAAUGGCAUCAACAAACUGCUGGACGAAGGAACGCUUUAACCUCUCACACCUGACCUCUUUCACCUCUAGCUCUUUGUCUCACUGGCCUCUCCUGCCUCCUUCUAUUUCCUUUUCACUUGCUCACCCCUGACUGCUCACAUCCUCUACCUUCUUUUUGCUCUUGUCUUCCUGUUUCUUCUUCAUCCAUUUUCAUGAAGAUUUGUAACAUCCUGCUGCUGUGGUUCAAUGAGGGAUUUUUUUUUUCUUUCCACUCAGUGAAUCAUUGCGGCACACUGGGACAGCCUGUUUCAUGUUGUAUGCAUUAUAGCAUUUCAAGACAUCCCUUUUGUGUGCAAAAGUUUACUGUACCAAUGGCCAAAAAACAUACAUUAGAUACAUUUGGAUAUGAAAGAUAAUCAGUGGUAGUAAUCAGUCUCUCUCUCUCACUCUCUCUCUCUCUGUGUGUGUGUGUGUGUGUGUGCACAUGUGUUUGUAUGGGAUUUGUUCGAGUAAUGUGUUUGUAUAUAAGACCAACUAUGACAUGGUGUGUGUAUUAUGUAUCUGUGUCAAUCUUCUAUACAAGGGUGUAACACUUGUCUUUUAUUAAAGAUUUCUUGUAAACAUUA